CAGCAGCAGCUUGAUAUAUUAAUCUACCUAGCUAGCUAGCUUCCGAGUAUGGGUAAACAGUACUACUCAUCUUCCCGGCCUAGCAACAGCAGACGACAUUACUCAUCUACCACUGCUCUAAUCCUUUUCGUCUUCUUCGUCCUUGUUGGCCUCCUCCUCUUUGUUGGUGUUUUCGACUCAUCGUCCGCCGUCAGCUCCAUUUGGCACAGCGGCCGGCUGCAGGAGGAGUUCCCUCUCCGAUGCCCAUCUCGGGGGAGCACCGCCGCAACCAGGAAUAGUUACUACCCAACGACGACGACGACGACGACGACGAGGCACAAGCCUGCCGCGAACGUGAGCUGUCCGGCCUACUUCCGGUGGAUCCACGAGGACCUCCGGCCGUGGAAAGGGAGCGGGAUCACGAGAGAGAUGGUGGACGGCGGGCGGAGGAGCGCGCACUUCCGGCUGGUGAUCGUGGAGGGGAGGGCGUACGUGGACAAGUACCGACCUGCCCUCCAGACCCGAGAUGUGUACACUCUCUGGGGGAUCCUCCAGCUCCUGCGCUUGUACCCGGGCAGGCUGCCCGAUCUCGAGCUCUUGUUCGACUGCGACGACCGCCCCGUGGUCCGCCGCCGCCGCCCCAACUCCGGACCCCCGCCGCCACCGCUCUUCCGCUACUGCUCCGAUGGGGCCAGCUUGGACAUUGUGUUUCCGGACUGGUCCUUUUGGGGAUGGGUGGAGACGAACAUAAGGCCAUGGAAGAAUGUGUUGGAGGACAUCCAACAAGGCAACAACAGACUGAAAUGGAAGGACAGGGCGCCUUACGCUUAUUGGAGAGGCAAUCCCACUGUGGCCGCGACUAGAAAGGAUCUUCUCAACUGCAACUUCACCCAUUAUUGGAACACUACUACUCGUCUCUACACUCAGGAUUGGAAAGUAGAAUCUGCCCAGGGAUACAGGCAGUCAAAACUUCAAGACCAGUGUACCCACAAGUACAAGAUAUAUAUAGAAGGAUGGGCUUGGUCCGUGAGCGAGAAGUACAUAUUGGCAUGCAACUCCAUGGUUCUAUAUGUGAGAUCAGCAUAUCAUGAUUUCUUCAGUAGAGGCAUGUCCCCAUUGCAGCACUAUUGGCCUAUUCGUGACAACACCAAGUGUUCUUCUCUCAAAUACGCCGUAGAGUGGGGCAAUAACCACAGUCAAGAGGCACAAGGUAUUGGGGAAGCAGGGAGCAGGUACGUUUUCGAGGAGAUGAAGAUGGAGUUUGUGUAUGACUACAUGUUUCAUCUGCUGACUGAAUAUGCCAAGUUGUUGAGGUUUAAGCCGACGGUGCCGCCGGGGGCCGUGGAGGUGUCCCCUGAAACAAUGGCGUGCCACCAAAAUGGGACGUACAGGAAGUUCAUGAUGGAGUCGCUGGUGAGGUCUCCUUCUCAUUCCGUUCCUUGCAACUUGCCACCUGCCUUUGAUUCCAAUGAGCUUCGAGACUUUUGGGAUGGGAACGACAAGUCAAUUAAGAGAGUUGAAGCUUGGGAAGAUGAAUACUGGAGAACCCAUCCAAAACCAAAUUUAGGGUCAUAAAUUACCUUUCCCGACCUCUUGAAGUUUUACGAUGUAUGUUCUCUAAAAAAAAAAAAAAUUUAACCUCUUUUAGUGAAUCACAGAACUUCUCUUGAUAUCCCCUUUCUCCCUAAGCUCCUAUUAUCUUUCCAUUUUGAAGGGCAAAAAUAACAAUGGUGUUGUUAGAAUGUCUGUCAUCCUUUUUUUUCCAAAAAAAAUGUAGUAGCGUGAUCAAGAACCUGACCUCUAGAGGUCGUUUGGAUGAGUUUAUUGGCAAUGUGGUAUUUGUAGAUCCAAAUAAUUCACUUUUUUAUAUGUGCUAUUUGUGUGUUAUUUGAGAAAAUUGGAAGUUAAAUUAUCUUGUUUGGAUGAAUCAAAACCAAUGAGUUAUUUCACAUGUAGUAUUUGUAACGUGGAAGUUAAUUAGCUUCCUACUUCAUAAGAAAGGACAUGAACAAAGCAACCUUUGUUACUAAUAUUUCCACUAAAAGAAGAUCAAAUAUGGCUCCCGUUACAUAUAACUAAUAUUUCCAUUCACUAAUCAUAGAUAAGCUGGCUGAGUGAUUUCGGCGGCUUUUUUCUCUCUUGGAUGUCCCUUUUUGGAACCGCAACAUAUUCCCUGUUUUCCUUUUUACUUGCAGCUACCACCAAUAUCACCAACGCACAUCUAUCUUCCUCACGACCUCCUUUUGUGCUGCCGCCUUAAUUUAUUUUGGUUGUCGAUUACGUUUCCCCAGUCUCAGCACCACCGUAGUAGCUCGCUCGGGCAAAGGUUUGUUAUUGCUUGGCUUUCUUGCCUACGUUCGCGUUGGGUUGAUUUACUAAGAAGAAGAUAGUGUUUGUUUUCCUCAGACCCCAACCAUCUACGAGGAGUUUGGGGGAUUUGCAGUGGCAGAAGGAGAGGCGGCCAAGGAGAGUUACAGAAGGCGGAGGCGGUGAAAAGCUUCGAUAGAGUUUUCGUGAGGUACAAGAGAAUUAAUAGCUGGGGGACUG